AUGGAUCCAGAUGCGUCGGAGAUCCUGGAAGUCAGGCGGGCCCUGGCCGAGGAGCGGGCGCUGCGCGAGGCUCUGGAGGCAGACCUGCAAAGAUCGGCGCAGAUUGGACAAGAGCUUCUUCUCAAGAACGAGGAGUUGGAGCAGAUAGUGAAAGAGCAUGCGGAGAAGACCGCGCAAGUGGCCCGCAGGGCAUCAAAUGUGGAGCCUGUCCGGCGAGCCUGCACGGUUCCACUUGGGCCAAAGGAGGCCACAGCAGAGGAGGAGGAGGAGGAGAGCGACAGCGAGCUGCCAACGUCUCAGCUCCUGCGGCGUGGGAGACGGGCUGGCAAGACAGUAAUGGUGGAGGAGCUGAUGUCGGCCAACCUAAGUCUCCACGACGACCUCAUGCGCUUAAAAGACGAGCAACGGCAAGCUGGCUUGAACGGCUACGUAGAGGCAAGAGACGAAGGCAUCCAAAACGUCGACGAGGAGGAAAGCAACCUUGUGAACGAGUUGCAGCAUCGUGUCUCUAUCUUGGAGUCAGGGAGGAGGCAGUUGCAGAAAGAGCUCGGUACCAGCCAAGAGAAGGUGCAUCGCAACUGGCUGGCCAUUACACACAGCCUUCCUAUUUCUGAAUGGUACUUCGAGGCCACGUCCCAGUGGACACUAGAUUAUCCGCCAGCCUUUGCAUACUUCGAGUGGCUGCUGUCUCAAGUUGCGGUUCGCGUUGACCCUGCGAUGCUGCAAGUAAGUAACUUGGAGUAUGCCAGCUGGUCCACCGUCACUUUUCAGCGGCUUUCAGUUGUUGCGGGUGACUUGGUCCUGCUUGCUGGAGGCCUGGCUGUGGGAGGUCCUCAGACAGCAGCUGUGCUGUUGUGGAACUCUGCACUUAUCCUGGUGGACCACAUCCACUUCCAAUAUAAUGGGAUGAUGCUGGGUCUGCUGCUUCUGUCUGCUGCAGCCAUUGAAAAAGGCAAAAUAUACUUGGGAGCGUUGCUCUUUUGUCUGCUUCUGUGCAUGAAGCACAUCUUCCUGUAUGUGGCUCCUGUCUACUUUGUCUACCUCCUACGGGGCCACUGCGGCGCAUCGUGCUGGCCGCCGCGACUCCUGCUUGGGAACUUGAUAAGGCUCGGUGCCGUCGUACUCUCGAGCAUUUUGCUGCUUAUGAGCCCCUUCCUGAGCUUGCAACAGCUCGAGCAGAUUGCCAAGCGCUUAUUUCCCUUCGGACGCGGCUUGACUCAUGCUUACUGGGCCCCCAACUGCUGGGCUCUUUACAAUACAUUCGACCGAGUUCUUGCCAAAGUCAUGGGCGCAGCAGGUGCUUCUUCUUCAACUGCAGGCUUUGCUGAGGUCUACGAGUCUGCGGUGUUGUGGACCGUUCCGCCACGAGCCACGUUUAUCCUGACAUUGCUGGCAUACUGUCCUCUGCUAAUGAAGAUCUGGCAUUGUACAGGGCCAGCCGGCGCGGGGCGGGGCAGCUUCGCAACCUAUGUGGCGUUGGGGUCUGCUGUGGCCUUCACUUUCGGGUGGCACGUGCACGAGAAAGCGAUUCUCAUGAUUACCAUCCCGUUGCUAUCCGCGCCUUCGCUUUCUGCGUCUAACUUGGUGCUUUCCUCUGUGGCUUGCUUCUCCGUAAUGCCGUUGCUGCCAGAGCGUAUGCCGGAGACUUCCAUCAAGUGGCUGCUGUUCCUGUGCGGAGGGCUCGUCGAGGUGUUGCUAAAAGAUAGACCUCUUCUGGGACAUGCAGGUCGAUGGUCAUGGAUUCUCUUGGGUGCUUCCUAUGCCCUGCUGGGUGCCUAUCGAGACUUCGGUGGGCACUCCCUACUGUUUCGGGGCAGGAUGGAGUUUCUGCCCUUGCUUCUAACCUCGGACUUCUGUGCCAUUCUGGUAUUAUGCGCCUUCUGCAGAAUCUACUACCUGCUCCCUUCAGUGAGCAAAGACAAGAAGGGAUAA